GCAUUAUUGAACAAUCCAGUUUGAUUUUAGUUCUUUUCAGUAGGCGAAAUGAUGGAUUUACCUGUAGAAGAUAAAUUGAUGAUAAAAGAAUACACUAAGAAUGAUACAGACUGUGAAUCUAUGAACACUAUUGUAUUAAAUAACGAUUUACAUUUGAAAGGAACUCCUGAAUGUACUAACUCUCUGAUUUCAAAACUAAUGUCUUUUAAACCAACCGGGGAUAUCACAGAAAAGACUGAUGGUUGCAGUGAUUCUACUAAUGUCUCAGUUAUAAACAACAGUGAACCAAGGAAUCUUAGUUUCUCGCCACAUGAGAUGUGCACAGAUUCAUUCCAAAUACAAAAUUCUGUUCAGGUUAAUAACUCGCUUCAAACUGAUACAGAAUCAGAAAAUGAAUGCACUAAUGUACAGGUUGAUGAAUCGGAAAAUAUGGUGGCUCUUGAAUGUCAGAAAGUGAACUGGGUGUAUUCUUCUCCAAAAGUGAUUGCCUGUGCUGAUUCUGAGUUUCAACUGUCGGAAAAUUUGCCUUUAUCUAAUAAUUAUCUUCGGGGCUGUUUAUGGUCUCCAGAUGGUUCUUGUAUUCUGACAAAUAGCCAUGAUAAUAUUCUUCGCCUUUUCAAUCUACCUCCCUCAAUUUUGGAAAAUAACGGUGAAGAACCCUCCUUAUUUCGACCAGAAGAAAUGAAAUCUGUCCUCAUGAUGCAUGAAAAGGAGCUAAUUUACGACUACUGUUGGUAUCCAUUAAUGUGUUCUGCUGAUCCAGUUAGUUGUUGUUUAGCUAGUACUAGCCGCCGAAAUCCUAUUCGACUGUGGGAUGCUUUCAGCGGAUUGAUACGAGCAACUUAUACUCCCAUUAAUCAUUUGGGUGAAGUUGCUUCCGCCUCUAGUUUAUCCUUUUCUUCUAAUGGUCAACGUCUAUACGCCGGAUUUCACCGAUACAUCCAAGUGUUCGAUGUUUCUCGUCCUGGGUCAGAAUCAGUUAGGCGACCAAAACUUGGAAAAAAACCAUUUCAAGGUGGUAUAAUAUCAUGUAUUGGUGUUUUAAAUGAUCCAAGUCGAAAUAUUUACGCUACAGGUUCCUAUAAUGGAACUGUAUGUAUAUUUUCAGAACCUGGUAAUCUUAUUACACGUUUAUUCAGUCAUCAAUCUGGAGUUACUCAAGUGACGUUGACAAAAACAUUUGCAGGAAAAAGUGGUGCACCAUGGUAUGUUCUUGUUGGUGGUCGGAUGGAUUCACGUAUAUUUGUUUGGGAUGCAAGAAAUUUAGUAAAUCCAAUAACAAUAGUUCAUCGACGUAUUGAAAAUCACCAAAAGUUCCAGUUUGAUGUUGAACCCACUGGUCAUUAUCUGUUUACUGGAAGUCAAACGGGUGUUGUUUGUGUAUACGAUUUACCUCAAUGUAUUAGCCAAUUUUCUGAAAAUGGACAAACUUAUCCUUCUUCUAGUUGGCGAGCUCAUUCUGACAGUACAAAUGGUGUCAGUAUACACCCCAGUCUUCCUAUUAUAGCCACUUCUUCAGGUCAACGUAGAAUUAGACAACCAACUUUGAAGCAUGCAUGUAAAAAGCAACGUAUAACAGAAACAACAUUAGAAGUUCAACAUUCUCUUCCCGAUAAAAAUAUAUCAUCUAAUAGAUCGAUAUUAGAGAGUAGUGAUAGUGAGAGCGGUUGUAAUAGCAGUAGUUGUGAUGAGAAAAUGCUAGGUGAUGAUGAAGCUGCUGUAAUGACACCGCCAGUCUUAGUUACUGGUAGUACAACAUCAUCAGGUGAAAAUGAUGCUAAUCCAACGGUUGAAGAACUCCCUUUAGCUUUGAAAGGCAAAUUGACAUUGUUACCAAAAGAAAAUCGUUUAAAUCUGUGGACAUUUCCUUUAUUAGUAACUGCAUAAAUUUUCAUUCCUUCUCUCUUAAUUUCUGUUUUUUUUAUCAUUUUGUAUAUAUGAGAGAAAAAAAUAUUUUAUACUGAUGCUUUUAAUUUAUAUUUAGCGUCGCAUUUUUAAUGCUGUGAAACAGUAUAUAUUGCCUAAUCUUAUUAAACUGAAAUGAUCAUUUCAGUUCGACAAGUUUCCAUUCUUUAUUAGAAUUGUAUUUCUUUCAAUUCCUACUAAUAGCCGAACCACAAUCAAAGGGUUGGUUAAACGAAAUAAUUCACAUCCAGUUUAAAUUCCAAGUGCCUAGAUUUCUGUUUUUCUUUGAAACAUCAGACAUGAGCGUUACUAUUAAAACAUGUCGAAAGAACUAUGGUUAUAAACUUCAUCAGUAUGUUAAUAGACUAUUAUUUACUUACUCUGAGAUACAAAACUGCAAUAGUUCCUAUUUUUACUGCGACUCAGAGAGAAAGAAAUAGACAGGGUUUAGUUAGCUUAUUCUUAGGUAAAUGUAACUGAAUCCUAUGUAUACUUAAAAUAUUUUUUCAAAUAAAAGAAAAUACCAAA